CCGCGACCAUCGAGCGGUGAGUACGCUCCGUAUCGUUCCGCGACGGAAAGUCAGAGGGAGCGAGCGAGAGAGAGAGAGGAGCCAAGCGCAACAGCUGCGCGCUCGACAUGUGAGAGCGUGUAUCCUUCUCGGACGUGCCGUCCAUCGGGAUAAAGCCAACCUGUGCACUAUUGCAACGAUUUAUUUACCAGUGACGCUGCCUUCCUAACGCGCUUUCUCCACCCGGGCGGGAAAAACCGACAAAAUAGUGUGUGUGUGUGCGUGUGUGUCAACCCUGUCGUAAGCAAGCCCUCGGCGCCACCUGUCUCGCGCGAACGGUCCUUUAUGGCGGUGAUCCGUCGAUACGGUGCUCGCGCCGGCCGGGGUACGAGCCACGAAAGUUCACGCCGCGCGCAGGACCCGCGCACUCGUUGAGAACAAACUUUCUCUCUCUCUCUCUCUCGUUUUUUUCCCAUCGAAAUUACACGGACGGCACGACCCCCGCUGCUGGGCCCUGUCUAAGUAACAGUACUUCCUUGCUGGAAGAAGCCUCUUUCCGUAGAACGGGAUCCAACGCGCGCGCGCGCGUGCGCUCUCCUCUCUCGGCGUUGUGCGGCCGUUCGUCCCGUUCUAUCGAAGUAGUCUGGCCGGUCGUGAAACCAGUCUUCGUACGUACGCACGUUCGGGAGAAGAGGAGGUGCACCUGCUCCGAGGAUUUUCGGAAGAUCGACAACGGAGGUGAUCGAUUGCAGGUCACAGCGUCAUAUUUGUAGGCCUUUUUUUUACUAUCCCGUCCAAUUUGAAAAUCUGCGGUAGAUGUCCGCACCGUCUUCUCUCCUUUUCGAGAACAGCGCGCUUUGUUUACGUGACGUAGGAGCGCGCGAUGCCCGCGUGCCAGUCAGAAUCGAACCGGAGGUGAUGCGUCGCGACUCCUCCGCGCUACGCCGACCGAUAGCGCGAGAAAGUGCGAAAGUCGCCGAUUGGCUUUGCAGGAGCACCGAGAAUUCGUCGCGAUCUCUCUCCGACGAACGGUAACGGGCGAGUUACAAAUAGAACGUCCACGCGGGAGAGAAUUCGGAAGAGAGGAGCAAGGUGAAUUGGAUGAGAUCGAUGAAGGCGGACCUCGCUGCGGCUAAAGUGACUCCGAGUGUAACGUUCGCGUGUGUAAUUAUCAGUGGUGUUCCGAACGAGACUCCGGGACGGAGGAAGAUGAAGACCACGCAGCGUGCUUUGAGCUUCGACGAGACGUCGAUGGACAGCUGCAUAUUGGCUACCGUCGACGAGGGCCGUGUCAUCAAUGACUUGUCGGGCGAGUCGAUGAAGGACAAUAACGAGGUGGAAGUGACGUCACUCGAAGAAGCCAAGUCGGUCAUAGCGGCUCUCCGAGCGCGGCAACGAGCUCAAGCCCAGCAAAUGCUAGCAUGGCGGAGGACCCUCAAAUUACAGGAAGACCUGGUGGCACGACUGACGCGCGAGAAGGCUGAGCAACUGCGAACGUUAUCGUCGCAGCUUCUGCUGUUCGAGUCAAGGCUCUGCAGGAAGCAAAAGGAGAUCGAGGCUAGUCUGAGUCAGCGAGAGUCCAUUAUUCUGAGACAACAAAGGGUGAUCCGGCAAUUACAGAACAGACUAGCCGAGAAGACCACCGGCACCAGAGACUCGCCACCCUGCGACGCCUUGGAUAGAUUGGACAGUCUGGGCGACAGCGACAGCGCCGUGGUGCUCGAAGAGACCGCCGACGAUCCAGCUCCGCCGAGGUUUCGUUCCAACAUCACCGACGUGACUGUGAUUCGUUCCGUGUCGGACGCGGUGGAGCCGUCGAACAAGUACUCGUCGAUGAGACGGUGCAACGGUUUCCUCAGGAGACCGGAGAUUCUGGAGACCGUGUACUCCGUGGAGGAGGACGGCGACAGCGAGAACAAUCAGGAUCCGUCCGAGUCGACGGAGAAUUCGGAGUACGAGGACAGGAGGGCGAAGAACUUGGGCAACGGCAAGGGCAGACUCCAAGAUCUCUACGGUAGUUUCGAGAGGCUCGCUCAAGAGACGGAUUCACCGCCCAGCGAACGACCCAGAGACGAGAGCCAGCAGGCGCAGGUGACGUACAAUAGGGUAAUGAGUAACCACAGAUCUGUGACGAAGCCAAAAGAUGUCAAGUACAAGAGGAUAAACAAGGCGAAGUCGAAGAGUCUCGAGGAACUGCGGGGGCGACUCAGAAAUUGGGUCGAGAAAGGGAAUAAGAUAGCUAUAUCGUUAGAUCAGUCGUACGCUUGAGCUUACAUUUCCUGAAAGUAUAUAUAAAUUAUUGUUUCACUUGAAGAAGCGGGAAUAGAUGUUAACGCUCACGAGUACGUUGCACCUCUUGGAGAAGAAACUUCCAUUCUAUUUACGAGAUCGAGAGAGGUGGACCUUUACCUUUAGCGAAAAGUCGCAGUACGGCGUAUUUAAUUGAAAUAUCAUUGCUACAUGUGAUAUUUACUGUAGUGUUUCUCCACGUUAAUCGCGCACUUAGGUCAGAGACGAGCGACUUGUGAUAUGAUUUUACUGUAUACAAAGGGCGUAGUUAGGAAGAACUUAUUAUCGGAACGAGAGAAAAAAAAAAAUAUAUAUAUAUAUAAAUAAAUAUAUCAAAAAAUAAAAACUCGAAGAGGUAUACAUCCGUGUGCUACAUUACGCGAUAACACAGGGGAAUCCCUAUCUUUGUCGUUCACAUCAGCAAACUUGUGUUAUUACGUGCGUUGCGAUGUGGCGUGAGGGAAUCUCAUGCAGCCUAAAUUUCUCGAUGAUUCUCAAAGUUCAAGGCUACAAAAGUAGGAAAGUUAACGAAGGUAAAAGAGAGACGACAUCUAACCACGUUUCUUCUACACAAUUACAUCGAAAUCAAGCACGGUUCUACAAAAUAAUAUCGAGUGUCAUCUUUUAAUUAUUGUUACUGUCAUUGUUAAUUGAGAGAUUGAUCGUGCGUUUCGCCAUCGAUGAUCCAAAGUAUUCGUUUUUCUGCGUAUAAAAUUUCACCGAGUAAGACCAUGAAGGAGGACUACGAAUGCUCAUAUUGAUCUACACAAUCAAGCGUUAUUUUUGGGUUUACUUUUCUACGCGAACAGAUUAUUAAGGGCAUUGUUACCUCUAAGAUUUCUAUCUCUUGAUGUUCACUCAACAAACCUCAGAGAGAAAUACGAUAAUUGGAUUGCGGAAAGACUCGAUAUUUUGACUAAAAUGUAUAAAGAAGUUUUUAUCCAGUGAUUGAUCCGGAGAAGGCGCGUAUACUCGCAAGUGAGACGCUCGGCUCUAUCGGAAGCUCCAAUGUGUAUCGCUUCAAUCCUAAUAGGAUGGAAAAGUCAAAACCAACAUACACACAGCGUUUUAAAAGCGUGAAUAUGUCUAUAUUGAACCGCGCGCGAAAUUUUGCAAGAAGUUCGGAUACACUGUAUAAAAUUCAAAGACUACGUUUAAUUUUGUAUUGAAUGUAAAUUUAUAUGCGCCACGAGUGUAUACACAUUCACACGAGCUCACACACACGGUGUAUGGCAGCGCGUUUUAUAAGAAACAUAUAAACCUUGCGUGAUCGCACUCUUUACAAUACUAUUAUACACACGCGUUCUACCAUUCCCCUUAUAAAAUAAGAAAGUAUGUUCCGACGAUCAUACCUUCGACUGCUUGCGACGCAUUUCUUCUUAUUACGGACGCGUCGCUCUGAACUAUUUGAUUAUCAUGCUCUCGAGCAGACGGGUAUAUAUAAAGAAAGCUAUCGACAAUCUGUAUUUUUGCAAGACACAAUAGAGGAGGAAGGAGCGAAUGUUUCUCUGGCAGUACCUUUGUAAAUAACCGUUAUAUGAACGUAAUGUUCAUUUAAGGAUUAUACAAGCGCUAUUAUGUAGAUAGACCUAUUAUUAAAAUAAUAAAUUGUAAUAAUAUUAAAGUGAGUUUUAUGUUCCUGUGGACUGACCGGCAGUCACAUCGAGAGAUCUCGUGCAUAAUAUAUUUGUGUAUGUGUGUGUGCACGCGCUAUACGAAAGGAUAUGCGUACGAGAGAAUAUAUGCGUGUAUAAAUAUAUAAACAUAACUAAUGUAUAUUAUCGAGUUUAUUGCGAGUGAUGCGGAAAAAUGACGAAGGUAUCUCUCUGCAAGACGCGAUAGGUAAACCGUGUGUGAAAUUAAAGGCCACAUCAGCUUAUCACCAUCUAAGUAUACACGUGCAAUGGUGCCCAAGUACACAUUGAGAGUCGAUAAUUAUUUUUAUUUAUGUAAAAAAUCAUGUAACGUGUAUACUGUCGCUUUACUAGAAAAUCAAUAGAAUGCUACCAAUAUUCUUCUCA